AUGGGGGCGUCAAAUUAUAUUCUCGAUUUGAAAGCAGGAAAUUUUUCGGGGUUUGAAAGUGGUAAUCCACUGACCAGUUUGAAAUCUGUGCAUGGUCACGGCAAACCUUUCGAUAAUUGCAUGGUAUCGAAUAUCUCAAAAAUCUCAACGGCAUUAUCUAAACUGCAUGAAAACGAAAGGCUUGCGAUAGAAGGGCGACUUUCAAAUGCGGAUAUGGAAAUUUUAAAGGCGAAGAUUGAUUCGAUUAGCUAUGUGAUGCUGGCCGAGAUGGCAUUUCAAGGUAACGAACGUGGCAACGAUUUCAAAAACAUGAUGGCUGCUUUUCUGGAAAAACAGGCUGCUUUCUACAACAAUAUUGGCAGACAGUUGGCUUCACUCGCAGUUCUGUAUAGACGUGCUUAA